AUGCAAACCGAAGGUGCGCGGGUCAAUUUUCGUAUCGGACGGUUGGCAAAAUGUGCGCAGGGAACACAUAACCGGAUCCAUUUUGACGCUCUUUGGGAAAUCUCUCCGCUUUGGUGUUCACGAAGACGGAGAUCGACAUGA